AUGCUCGCUCCGGAAGUCACAGAAUACAUCAAGCAGGCGGGGAACAAGAUGGACGCGAUCAGCGACGACGUGGAUGAGGUGAACAAGAUCAAGUACGACGAGGCGAGCACGUUUGAUGCGGGGAAGGACAAGGCCAAGUUCAGGCAGUAUGACGAUGCCUGCGAUAGGGUCAAGAACUUCUACGCUGAGCAACACAAGAAGCAGACGCUCGCGUACAACCUGGCGAUCCGGAAACAGGUCCUCGGCAAGGUCAACGCCCGCAUGUCCGUCUGGGAGGCACUCGAGAUGCUCAACACGCUCGUCGACGAGUCUGACCCAGACACGUCCGUCGGUCAGAUCGAGCACCUCCUCCAAACGGCCGAGGCGAUCCGGCGGGACGGCAAGCCCGACUGGAUGCAGCUCACCGGGCUCAUCCAUGACCUCGGCAAGCUCCUCUGCUUCUUUGGCGCCGAGGGGCAAUGGGACGUCGUCGGCGAUACAUUCGUCGUCGGGUGCAAGUUCCCCCGAGAGAUCAUCUACCCCGAUACCUUUGCGGCCAACCCGGACUCGCACGACCCCAAAUUGCAGACGGAGCUGGGGAUCUAUGAGCCCCAUUGCGGCCUGGAUAACGCUAUCCUCAGCUGGGGACAUGAUCAGUACAUCUAUGAGAUCUGCAAGGCUCAGUCUACCCUCCCCAAAGCCGCCCUUUCCAUGCUCCGGUAUCACUCCUUCUACCCAUGGCACCGCGAAGGCGCGUAUCGCCACCUCAUGAACGAUGAGGACGAGGAGCAGCUCAAGGCCGUCAACGCUUUCAACCCCUAUGACCUGUACUCAAAGUCCGACAGCCCACCAGUGGUCGCCGAGCUCAAGCCGUACUACCAGUCCCUUAUCGCCAAGUACUUCCCAGCUGUGGUGGAGUGGUAG